UCAAUGCAGGGGCAGUCGUGUUUGCACCGGAAAUCCCAGACGAUUACUUUCAUUUAUGUGGUACAAACCGAUGAUGCUGUGGCCAAUAUAUAAGAGCUUAGAUCUUACAAGCCCAUUGACUUCUCGAAAGAGAUACCGCAACCAUCAGAGACACACAUCACCAUCGGACCCCAGAACAUGCCUUUCAACACUCCGAAUGACAGUGUCACUAUCACGGUCAAAUCCGACAACGGUCACUUUAUUCCGAUCAAAAUCAACAAUCGCAUACUCAGAAGUUGUCCGGCAAUCAAGGCAAUGCUCCCGGGUACCAUACUACCAAAUGUGCAAGUGAAGCCUUUUCAGGCUGUGACAAGUUAUCUGGACGGCGACGAGCUCCCGUCGGUCUUCGCGAGUCAUGUCGACAGUGGUGCGCCUUUGCUCUUCUUUGCUGAAACGUGGGCGCUUGCAGCACGACUUCGUCUUCCUACCUUGCAAAAUGAGCUCAUAUCAUUCAUGACCGACGUUCACGCCAACAUCAUUGCCGGGAGCGGAACAGACGUGCGCUGGCAGCACACUGCCGAUGGGUCUCUCGUCGAAGCUUUCCAGCAUCUCCGAGAACAGGUCGAUCCGAAUAGUCAUGCCGAAAAGUUCCUCAUAUGCUUUGCUGGCAGGACAGCACCAUUCAUCAGCGAACUGGAACGGAACCUCAACAGCGAACAUCUUGACUCUGCUAUCCGAAAUGAAGUAUUGGCGGAAGCACGAUCCUUCGGUCCGGAUCCCAUCAAACAUCAACCACAACUGUUCCGUAUCGAUCCCCAACAGCCACCAAGUUAUCGACGCCUUGAGCAAGAUUGUGACGAUACAGGUAUGGCCGAUGGGUCUUGGUCACCCUCCGGGUCGUCACGCUCAAUCACCAGGGACGACAUAUGCACACUACAAUUGCCUCAGAUCCAUAGAGGUACGAACAAUAUCAUAUGGAAUUCGCCCCAGAUGAUUCGUCGUCCUAGGAAAACUAUACAAUGCCUUAGAUCUCCGAACCCUGGAUCUCCGCCGCUACAUAGCCAGCAUCCCAACCGAUUCGACCAUGAUAAAGGGCCACUGGUACGCACGCAACCUGGGGGCCCUAGUGAUCCAGAUACAGGGUACACAUCGCAGACUGUCGAUUCCGAUGAUCCCAAUUGUCCCACUGGCGAUAAUGUUAACGUGAUCCGUCUGACAGGUCGAAGCCCAGGCCGCCCACCAUCGCUACCUUCUCCGGCCAAUCAACAUCAUGACACCACAUCACCCUACAUCAUCCAAAUCGCGCAGCACAACAAUAACGCCCAUAAUAAUGGAAACCACACUCACUACGGCGACAAAAAUAGUACGACUGCACAUGCUCAGGGUAGUAGUAGUGGACGCUCAAACCGGACUGUACGAGCAGUAGCGGAUGGUCGAGAACGGCGCUACAAGCUUGUCAGGGAGAAGAAGGGAAAGCGAUCCAAAUGGGUUUCGCUCUUAACAUACGGCAGCAAGUACAACUAAAAGAAAAGCACGUGGUGUGAAUGCCUUUAAUUUUGUUGGUAGACCGUGCAUUCACAUAUGCACAUACCGAUGCG